AUGCCUCUGUUCAACAAAACACUUGUGGGCAAGUUUGUUAGGGCGUCAAAGUCCGAGACGCUCUCGUCUCGAUCUAUAGACAAGCUUCUCAAUAAAAGUGAUUCAUUUUCCAAAUACGUUGUAAAGCACGAAAAACGUUCAAAAGAGUUAAAUAAGAAAGUUAAAAUACUUGAGAUAAUGUUUUGGGUAUUGCAAAGCGAAAAAGGUGAAGAGUUUGCAGAGGCGUUACAAAAACGGGAAUUUACCAUUGGCACGUUCAAGGCCCAUUUCAAUUCAGCAGACGUUUCAUUUCUCUAUUGUGAAUUCUUUGAUGUGUAUUUUCAAAUUCGAUACAACCACUUUUUACUCGACUCUCAUAUCGAAAACGUUCAAGCAAAUCACCCAAAAUUGUUGAAUUACUUUGGCCUUCUAUUUAAGUGUUGGGAACUCAUUUACUUAAUAGACUUCUCUCAGGACGUCUCAAAAGAGAGUCGCCAGAGUGAGAACCUUAUGCGGAUUAUGUUUUUCGAGCAAAUGAAUUUGAUUAUAAAAACCAAUGAAUGUAUCAUCAAAUUGGCUGCAAGUGUUCACACACUCAACGCACAAGAAACGCAAAAAUUGUGGCAUUUAGUCAAUGCAGUUGACGAGUGUCGAAACAUUUUUUUCGACAGUUUGAAAACUAAAAUUUUGAUUCAAAAAUUUGGACAUUUUGAAAUUCAAAGUUCUGUGUAUUUGGGUCGACUAAAGUCUUUAAUUAGGCAGAGAGCUUAUAAAAUGACUCGUUCAGCAAUUUGUCCUCUCGAACUUGACAACACAAUUAUCGACGUGAAAAAUGGAAUAACUGAAGAUUUACGAAAAGAGAGUAAAAUACUGCAAAAUAUCGUUCGUGACACUUUUUAUAAAGAAAGGAAGUGUUCAAACGACGAGUGUCAAUUAGAGAACGCCACAAUUAUCAUUGUUGAUUAG